AUGAAUAUUGAUAAAGAAAAUUUAAGUUUGGUUAAAAUACAGAAUACAGAAGAAAUCAAGCAGGACAAUGUGGUCACAUAGAGCGGUUUAAAAGUUCUUCAUACUUUUUCAGAAAUUUUGAAGAGUGAAAGUGACUAAUCAAACAUAAAGCAGAUAUUAGUUUAAGAAAAGUUAAUAUAUUGUGGAUUAUUUUGCAUUGAAGAUGGUAACAUGAAAGAUUUAGGGUUUUCUCUCUAAUCUGAAAUUACAGAUUUUGUUGAGAGAGUUAACAAAUAUAAUAUGACGUCAAUACAGUUAAAUAAAUUUAGUGAUGAUUCUAAAAUUAUUUUAAAAGCUGUUGACAUACUUUUUAAUAAACAAAUUCCUAAAAUUUUCAAGCAAUACUAACCUUUGAAUCGUUUGAGAGUUCUCACAUUUAACAAUUUAAGUUAUAUUUAUAGAGAGUUGGGGAAAUUCUAAGAGGCAUUAAAAGCUGUUAAUUAUGCUAUCUCUUUAGAAGAAAGAUUAGCUGAAGAAAAUUAUGAUAAUUGUUAAAAAGAUAUUAUAACUUCUUACUUAAAUAAAUCAGCUAUAUUAAGUGAGCUAAAUAGGCAUGACAAAGCACUGUAAAGUGUUGAAAAAGCUCUGUCAGCAAUAAAAAGAUAUGAGUCUAAAGCUAAGACAGAAUAAGAAAAGGCUUAAAUUAAUUAUUUAUCUAUGGUGUCUUACUUUAACCUUGCAAAUGAAAGCGAAGUUUUAGGGUUAAGAAACUAAUGCUUAAAUUAUUACGAAUAGUCAGCUAUAUUUGCAAAAAAAGUUAACAACCUUGCUAUGAUAAAUAGGAUCAAUUAAAUUUUAGAAAGUAUUGUUGAAAAAAAUAAAAAUAAGAAAAAAAAUUCUCAAAUAAUUAUAAAUUAAAAGAUAUAUUGA